AUGCCCUACCUCACAGUGUGCAACCGGCAGCUGAGCUGGACUCUGCCCCUGGUGCUGGGGUACCUCUUCUACCUCCUCCUGGGGGCCUUGGUGUUUCAGCUGCUGGAAAAGCAGGCAGAAGCCAAGACUCGGGACCAGUUCCAAAUGGAGAAACUCAAGUUCCUGCAGAACUACACAUGCUUGGAUCGACAAGCCCUGGAGCAGUUUGUGCAGGUAAGGAGAGCAAUCCCAAGGAACCCAACUUUAUGGUCAUCUUUGCAUCAUGUAACUUUAAUGGUGGGGUGGCUGGCUGGUGUGCAGGAAAUCCUGGCAUAGGAAUAGAGGUUGGGAUUUGGGUCUUCCGCAACUUCUGAUACUAUGGUUCCAGAGAGGAUCUGUGCCUGUAGGAACUGAAAAUGGACAACAACCAGCAGAGAAUGCCCAGAAGAGAUAAUAUGAUUAGGAGAAAUCAGUGCUGUGGAAACACCCAUGUAUGCAGCAGCCAUUUUGAUUUGUUUGAAUUUUCUCUCUGAUCCCUAACCCCUUUUCAAAAUUUAGCAAAGCAGCUAAUAUUGAGUUUGAAAUUAUACUACUGUUCCAGUUUCCCCUUUUCAUCCCAUGAAUAAGGUUUACAGUGGAGUAUAUGUAUGUGUGUUUUAAUAUGACCAAAAGCUUCCUUCCACAAUCUGUUUUAAUGAGUUUUUAAAUGCACAUGUGUUUCUGGUUUCCUGCAUGUCUUCUCUUCAAGGCUGCACCUUCAGUGGGUGAAUAUUGUUGUUUCUUAACUUUCCAGUAUUUUUUGAAUAGGGAAAUGUUAUUCAUUCCUCUUUCCCACUCCCCCUGCCCCACCCAGAAGUGCAUUCGUUGCAGAGUGGUUGCUCUGUGGAGUGUGGCUCUGUGGCCACAAGUGUGAUGUCCCUCCCUUUGAAACUUUCUGUGGACAUGGAACUUGUGAACAGACCCAAAUGCACAUAAAUCUGUACCCAAAUAGGUUCUGCAUUCAUCAUCUGAAUUAUUUGUUGCUGUUGCUAUUACUAUUGCUUUUGUUUUGUUGCUUUUUGCCACAAACACUUGACCAACUAUAUACCCAAAUCAUUUGCCCAUUUCUAUUCAUGCAGCUUCCCUCUCCAAGAAGAUUUAAUGAGAAAUAUAUUUCCUUUGUUAAGAUAAAACUAAGGAUGUUAAAUAUAUGGAGUUGAGGAAACCAUACAGUGCACAUCCACUGACACCUGUCUUUCCAGUUCAUUACUGAUAGAUAUUGAAUGAGUUCUCAAAACCAGGCAGAAUAGUUCUCUAGAUUUAAAGGGUUGUGUAUGAAAUAGUAAAUGUAGAUACAGUUGCUAAGGAAUAAUGGGAAAUUUAAUCCUUUGUUUAAUUUUAAAAUCUCAAUUCUGCCAUGAAUUUUGAGGUCCUGUUUCUGAGAAAACAAGCUUUUAUUUCACUACUUGAAAUGUUUAAAUGAGUUUUCUAUCAUUUAGCUGUGCUCCCAUUUGAAACCAGUGGUUUUGCAUUGGGCAUAAUAAUGGUUAUGAAGAGUACAGUAUACAUGCAUGCCUGCAAUUCUCACAUGAAAUCCUGACACUGAGUUUUAGGGCUCUUGUGUCACUGAAACCUGGAUGCACUCCAGAGUUUGGUGGGACUAGAUAAAUUGGGGGGGGGGGAGGAGCUGAGCUGAAGGGAUGAAAGUUAUGCCAGAGGAUGCUGAGCUGAGCUCCUUGGUUGUAGAACAAGAAGUGGAAGUUUUCUGGAUAAUAAGGGAGGACUGGAAAUUGGGACUUUGGGGGAAUUUCUAGGUAAAAAAAACAGAAGAAAAGUGAGAGACUUUGGGGCAAUAGCUGAGAGUAGUGAAAAUAGGGGAAUCUGAGAUUCUGGGGUGACAUAACUAAGGAGGAAGAAAUAGCACAGCAAGGAGAAAAAAGAGAGUAGUUCUCCCCAAGAAAGGGGGCUUCAAAGCUGAAGGUAGAAGGAGAGGGGGCUUUGGCCAGCUGAUGGGCUUGAGAGAGAGAGUUGAAUGCCUUAUUCUUAUUCUGUGAGUUUGGGGCCCAUAGGGGUUGAUGGAGGUCUCUUCAGUGCAGGAGCAAAAGAAAGCCUAAGAGAGAAGGUGAGUUGGGAAGGGGUCCACAAGAAAUGUUCUUGUGCAGAGACAGACGAAUCCUCUUGAUCAGCCAGAGAUUCCUAGCCACUAUUAUGAAAAGCAUUCCCUCUUAGGCUUGAGCUGGGCUCCAGAAAUUAACAUAGAAACAAAGACUGUAAAUCCCGCCUUCCUGACAGUGAAUAGGUUUAAGAAGCUUUUGAAUGGUGCCAGCUGAGAAGAGUUUGUCUAAGGAAUUGCAAAAUGCCUUCUGGAAAAAUAUUAUUCUGCUGUCUAUAUGGAACGAGGAAAAGGGGUAACAUAUGUUCUGGGCUCUGCUGGCAAGAUCCUCAGGCUAUCAAAACUUAUUGAUUAGUAAUUGUGUGGGGGAGCAGGUGGUGGCUAGAGGGAAUGACACGUAGGGGACACUAUCUUGGUUAUGUACAUCCAGGAGGAGUCUGAUGUCCUUUUACUUUUAAAUUUACACAUUUCUGACAGCGAGAGCUUAGACUACUUCAGAGGGUGAUGGAUUCCCAUUGAUUGGGUUUUGUUAAACAGAGGUUGGAUGGUCAUCUGUCAGUGAUUCUUUAGCUGUUAUUACAGCAUUGCAAGGGGUUGGACAGUUCUAUGAUUCUGUGAAAUGUAUUUAAUGUUGUCACCCACCCUGGAACCUUGGGGUGAAGGGCAGGUAAUAAAUAUUUACCAGAUGCUCUUUGCAACUCAGCUUGCUUGGACAUGUGAGCCUGGCUUUCUGUAAUGCCAUAAUUAACACUUCCAUCUGAGGUGCAGGCUAUCACAGCAAAGCUGGAUAUGCUUAGGGGUGCUUCAGAACAUACACAAAUUGCUACUUUGUUUUAACGUUUUCUCUGGCACGACAUUUUAAACAGAAGACCCCUGCACAUUGCUGUCCAAAGGCAAACAAUGCCGGUCAUUUGGGGAGGGGGGAGCUGAGCAUUUUCUCCUGUGUUAUAUAAGCAGAAGUUCAGAAAAGCCAGGGCAUGUGCAUAAGUGCUUUCAUUAAAAGGAAACUUUUUUGAUGUAGGUAUGCCACAAGGAUUACAGCAGUGGUUGCUAUACAAUCAAAACCACUAGAGGGCACUAACAUUUCACAGUUAGGCACUAACACAACAGUUUUAAAUAUCUCUCGUCAAAAUAAAUCAUCCACGACCUUAUUCAGUAAAUAGGAAUCCUUAUCACCACCCUUGGCUUCACACUAUUGUAAUCUUAGCACACUCUUUUGAUGUGAUGCUUCAUGCUAAACCAUCACUCAGCAUCCUUGAGCCUGCAAGGAUGAACUUCUCAGCAUCUGUAUCUAUCUGCUGGGUUUCUCUGCUGACGCUUUUCUGAUUUCUGUGGCACAUGAAGCGGUUUCAUAAGGUUAGGCAUUUUCUUGUGCCACAGCCACUGGCAGAUUUGGCUCACCCCAAACACAGCGUUGGAGUGUUUAAUCAUAAACAGUAGCAUACGUGGGCAUAGCCAAAGGGGAGCAGGGGGGCAGCUGCUUCCCCCAAAUCAAGUAAAUCAAUAAAAAAUACUUGAGUUUCUGCCCCCACCAACAUAAAUCUUGGCCAUGCCCCUGGUAGCACAAGACCUUUAACACAGGACUAGGGAACCUGUGGCCCUCCCGAUGUAGCUGGAUUCUAACUCCCAUCAGCCUCUGCCAGCAUGGCCCAUGGUGAGGGAUGGUGGGAGUUCAACAACAUCUGGAGGGCCACAGCCCAGCCCUGAUUAAAUUGGGGUGGGGUGGGGUAAGAAAUUGAGCGAACCCAAAAUUGACACAUUUGCCCAUCCCCAACUGUGGCUCUCCAGUUGCUAUGAGACUCUUGCUGUGAGACCAGCCUCAGCCAGCAUGGCCAAUGCUCAAGUUGGAUGGGAGUUGUAAUGCAGCAGCUGGAAGGUCACAGGUUCCUCCUCUCUGCCUUAGAGUGAAACAGGCACAGCAGGGAGCAGUCAUGUCAAGGACAAUGUCUGGGACAUCAGCAACCAGGUAGUUAGAACACAGCUGACACUAUGUAUUUAACAGGUAUGUCUCCCCUUCUUUUCCCUAAUACACUUUGGCCCAGAGCAGAUGCCCCUUCCAUUAGCCCGCUCAGAUCACAGUGUUGAUCACAGAGUGCAGGAGCAAUGCAAAAGCAUAUCUAUAGUCCAAACAGUUCCAGCGUUAACCAAGAAAUCCUUGCCAGGAAACCAUUUUAUGAUUUUUUUGCAUAUACAGAGUCACCUUAUGAAGCUAUGUGUGUAUGUUGGUGUAUCAAGAAGUGCUGCUUACUUUGGCUCAUUGACCGUUGUCCUUUUCAGCCCUGCUACAAAAGCAGCUGUUGACUGACUGAACCUGUGGCCGCAUAAAUGUGCUUUACUCUCUGGCUGGUGAGACUCUCCCAGUUCAUGAUGUGACAACAUUCUUCUAUUCCUCCCCCUGUAAAUGAUCCCACUUCAGGUCAUUAUGGAAGCUUGGGAGAAAGGUGUCAACCCUGAAGGGAACUCCACCAACCCCAGCAACUGGGACUUCAGCAACAGCUUCUUCUUUGCUGGAACGGUGGUCACCACCGUAGGUAAGGUGAGCUGGGUGUUUUGUGGGAGGUUCCCCCCAAUAAAUCUUUCCUUGUUGGAGUUCUGCAAGAUUUUCAGUGAAGUACUGAAUCAUCUGUGACUGAUGGUACAAAGCGAACCUGGCAAACCUGCGUCAGAAGGGUCUUGGAUGUUGAAAGAUGUAUUUAAAAAGCUAUAUAUUCAACCAACGCCUAUUUUUAUGCGUACGUUUUCCAUGACUAAUUUUCUGGUCCUGUAGGAUGGAGUGUGUGUGUGUAGUCAGUUUUGCAUGUGUUGAAGUCUAUGACGUGCAUUCCAGCAGUAACUUGUGCCAAUCAGAACUGGUAGGGCAGUAGCCAUGGAGACCAACAGUAGGUGGAGCCACAACUGAUGACGGGCAGAGCCAACUCAUUCUAGUUUUGUCUCCAACCUCUUCCCUGUUGAAGGCAACACUGAAACUAAGGAAGAGGAACUGGUGAGAAGGGUCAUCCCCAAUAAAAAGGCAGGCAGGUGGGGUUUGGGUGAGAUUGGUGGGGCCCUAAUGGACUAGCAGCCACUAUUGCAUACUCAUGGAAAUCUGAAAGUGUCUGCUUUGUAAAUAUACAGCAUAAACCAGCCAAUGCUCUGUAGCAAUUCUAAACUCGCUCACCAAGGAAUAAGUCCCAUAGAAUUCAACAGAGUGUGCUUCUGAGUAGACAGCUACAUGCUGCUCACUUAUUCCCAACAAGAUAGUGACAAAUGUGCUUCAAAUAAAUGGGGUGCAGGGAGUCUGUAACUUCAUCUGGAACUUGGGAUUAGUCACCCAAUAUAGAUGACUGUUCCUGGCUUCUUCCCCCCAUGUCUGAUGUGGUCAAAGCAAAUGUUGAGCCCUAUUAAGCGAGUGUGACUAUUUUCAAUUCUUUUUGCUUUUCUUUCAGGUUAUGGGAAUUUGGCCCCCAGCACAGUCCCAGGGCAGGUCUUCUGUGUGUUCUAUGCCUUGUUUGGAGUGCCCCUUAAUCUGGCAUUUCUCAAUCAGCUGGGGAAAGGGCUCACCAUUCACCUGAUCAACUUGGAGAGAUGGGUCCACAAGCCAGGCCGAGCUCAGGUACAGAUGCCUGUUUAACAUUGUUACCCUUUCCUUGCUUUUCAAAGGUGACUUUCAUGUAUCAUUUUAGGACAGGCAGGGGUGCCUUAGACUCAUUAUAACUCAUACAGAUGUUGCUUCCUCUCCUGUGACAGUAAUUUGCUGACUCAGGACAGGGAUGUACUUGAAUUUCCAAAAAAAGAAGAAGAAAGCUCUAAAUUGAACAGAUACAGAUUGCUUGAUUGCAAACACCCAUGGCUGCUAUCAAGUCAGUUCUCCGUUCUGUAUCAUUUUCUCAUUUACCAGAACCUAUUCCUGCAAACCACUAUAGAAAAAAUGAGUCAGACUCCAUUUCAGCAAAUGCAGUUCAGGCAGUCCUAUAAAUGUAAAGGAUCCCUCAUAUGAAUAAUAACAAAUGAUUCCAGAUGGUCUGUGGCCCCAAGAGAAAAUGUUCAAGGAAGCAGGCAAGGUUUUGUGGAAGGAGAUGGGGGCAGAGUUGGAUGGUGAUGAUGUGCAAAAUGAAAGUAAUAUAAAAACAGGCUUGCCAGAACACAGUGACAAAUGAAGAUGACAGACAUGACAAAAGUAUUUUUUUAAAAAAAAUCUUUAACAAGUGGAAACCACCUAUCCCUCAAAAUUUGUAGAAAUUUAUUUUAAAAGGAACAAACAAACUUCACCACCCAGUAAAGCUAAACUAUCGAAAGGUCAUCAGGAUGAGUGGUCUGUUCAAGUUGAGAGAGACACUCAGUCUUUCGUGGAGAAGACAAAUUGCAGGAAGGUGUAAUUGCUUAUGGAAGUAUAAGGUGAGCUGAAGAGAAACCUUUGUUUUACUGAGAACACUGGUGCCUCAAGACAAUAUUGCCCCAUGGAGAUAGCCAUCAAUGUUUCCUGUCAGUAGAACUUAAGUUGCACAGUUAAUUCUUGGAACAAACCAAAAAAAAUCAAUUGCAUAAAAAUGAAGGUGACCCCUUCCUGGGUAAAGUAGGCCACAUUGGAAGCACCAGAAACCAAAGAUUUCUCCAGGCAGACAGCAACAUGUUCCUCCAUCCAUCCAACCAAAAGGCGUGGUCACAAUUCAAGGACACAUCACAGCCAGGCAAAAGCACUCAAGAGGACCUGAGGCAGGGCCAGUGAGGGGUGUGGUCUGGGGAGGUGGCAUAGCCUGGGAAGCAUCCUAUGGGGCCUGAGAUUCCCCAGCCUUGUUCUAGAAGGUUCCAGAUUGCAUACCAAGGGAGCAGGAGGGGCCUUCUCCAUCCUAUUUCCAUUAUCUUUUUUGCUCUGGGAUGGCCGACAAUACCUUGCUCUGAAUACAUGUCCAGCACCUGAAAGACACUGAAAUGUUUGUCAUACGCAUUCUGCUCAGUCCAUACAUACUCAUUUGACUGCUACAUAUCCUCUCUCCUUAUACAACAAUUUCCAGUGUGAAUUAAGAGGGUCUGAGAAAAUUUUGAGUAGCUGUCAGCAGGGACAACCAUAUCUGAUCUAGUGAACACCUGAUCCAGCACAAAGUGGGAACCAGGCAGGUCCUCAUGAUCACACUCUAGGCUUUGGAGAAGUGCACCCUCACCCUCUCUUCUCCCAAGUCUUAGAUCUGGAAUAAGGGCAGAGGUUUGUCCCUGACCUUGCACUGGACUUCAUAGACACCCAGAAGCAAACAAGACUUCUUGCUUGUUCCUUGGACCUAACCAGAAAUGAGAAUUUACCUCAACCCUUGAGUCAGAGACUGGGAUCAGGCGCUGUAGCAACCAGAAAAUUCAGCUAAACCUCUAGGGCCAGGCAAACUUUGUAGAUGCCUCCUCUGAAUUACAACUGUUCACAGGGAUAUUCCAGAAGACAAUUGUUUGCGCUCGUUCUAAACUGUGUGGCCCGUACCACACAAAGGAGCCUUUUCCUCCUGAGAAAAACAGAUUUCACGUGGUGUGUGUUUUAAAAAUGAGCAUGUUCUAUGACUCCAUGACAAAGGAAAAAGACAUGCAGGAAAAAAGCCAUUUAUAAAUCAUUGUUCCCAGAAAUAGCAGACACCAUCAACCCAACCCAAAUCUCCGCCUUUGGUACUUAGGCUAGAAUCACUUACAUAGCAGUUUGUCACACUGGACUCAAAGGGAUUUAGUCACAAGUAAAAAUGUAUAGGAUCGCACUGUUAAUCUCGCACGACAUAUCAAGUUUUGAAAUCCUGGAAGCAGGAUGAAAGACUGCAAUUUCACAAAACACAAAUAUCAGACAGAUUAUUCAUAUUAUUUCCCAGUAUAGUAUGCUUUCUAGAUAGGAAUCUUAGAGGGAAGGACAUUUUUUGGUAUUUUCUCAAAGCAGAUUUUUCUUCCACUACUUUCUUAUUUAGAAGGAACAAAAAUCCUACCUGACAUAAUUCAGGGGAACUGCAGAUUUUUAAACUGCUCUAGUUGCCUCCUAGUCCACAAACUUUGCCUCUUUUGCAGAAAAUAGACUGCAUAUGAAAGUUCUUGUGGGUAGUUGUAUCAGCAGUCCUGUCCGCUGCAUUCCUAAUUAACUGUUUCCUAACUCCAUAAAAUGUUUUCUGGGGUCAGUCUUGGGUCCCUGUUCUGCACCGCCAAUUGUCUAUUGCCAAGAAUCUGUUCGUGCUUGUUUGUUGAAUUGUCUUCAUCUGUUCUUGACUCCCACUCCUCACCUUACCAGCCCCUUACCUUCUUUUUCUUUUUUAACAAGUUGCUAUCUGUUAUUCUUUUUAACAAGCCCUUUCCCUGUUGUUUUAAUAUGUGUUCAAGGUUGAUCAUAGGUUGCAUCCAAUGAAGUCGUCCCAUUAGCUAAAGGACUUCUGCCUGCACAGCAGGAAGAAGAAACCAGACCAAGUCAUGGUUUGAUAAAGAUUUAUAGAAUGCUAGGAGUGAGUUGUGGAGGAGGCAUUAAUUAAUGCUAAUUGAUUUAACUUCUUUAGCCCUUGUGAGCUUGGAGGGGGGAUACUCCUGUCUAGACAUGGAAAGGGACACAAAUUCUGUCUUUUCCUACUUUUUGUCUUUUUGCUGUGUAAAAGCCAGUCUCCGGAAUACACGGUUAAGAGGCUAAGGACCGCCAUCAUUUACAUCUAGGGAGGAGAGCCUCUGACCCAUGGUCCAAACUUGGCCUGCCAGGCUUUCCCAUUUAGUCUGAGAAGUGGUUCUGGGCAAACUACACCACCCACCCUGCACCUGACAUACAUAUAUGAUGUCAGGUGUGGGGCAGGGCUUCAAAGGAACAAUUGGGAGCUUAAAGUGAGUUCCCAGUUGUUCCUCUGCUGGAGCAGGGUGUUCUCCAGAGGGAGUGCAUUCCAGGAGAGGAAAAUGGCUUCCAUUGACUGAAAGCCACUUUUCCCUUCAGUGUUGUUCCUUGAACUUCCAAAAAAAUGGAGGCUCGGUGAACAGUAUGGGGCUGUUUGAAAGCCCUUUUGUAAACAGUCCUAUGCUCCUCUCAAAAGGGUUUUCAAACAGCCCCACACUGCUCUUUGAACUUCUGAAAUAUGGAGGCUCAAAGAGCAGUGUGAGGUUGUUUGAAAGCCCACUGGGAAGUGGCCCUGUGCUACUAUUUGAACCUCCACUUUUAGGGAGUUUAAAGAGCAGUAUGGGGCUGCUUGCAAAAGGCCUUUCAAUCAACCUGCACUGUACUUUGAAGUCCUGAAAACAGAGGCUUCAAAGUACAGUGGUACCUUGGGUUAAGAACUUAAUUCGUUCUGGAGGUCCGUUCUUAACCUGAAACUGUUCUUAACCUGAGGUACCACUUUAGCUAAUGGGGCCUCCUCCUGCUGCUGCGCUGCCGGAGCACAAUUUCUGUUCUCAUCCUGAAGCAAAGUACUUAACCCGAGGUAUUAUUUCUGGGUUAGCGGAGUCUGUAACCUGAAGCAUCUGUAACCUGAAGCGUCUGUAACCCGAGGUACCACUGUACACGGUCACCUGACAUCAUAGUGACAACAGAUGUUUGACAGAUGGGAUAAGGAUCUGGCCUACCAGCCAGAAAAGGUUCCCCACUUCUGAUUUACAUGGAUCUUUGCUCUAUGGAAGAGGUUUUUAGAAGCUCCACUGGGGGGGCUAUAAAACGGUAUGAAACUGUAUGAAACAGCCUUUAGGUAGCUUAUCUGAAAGCACUCAGACCAACCAGACCAAGUCAUGCCAGGCAAAAGCAUAGUUCUUCUAAACUGUCAUUUCCCUUCUCAUGUUUCUCAGGUGGUUCAGACUCUGACAAUGGGAUUCUUCCUGAUGGUUGGGACUUUGCUUUUUCUGGUUUUCCCACCCAUGAUCUUCAGUUACGUGGAAGGCUGGAGUUAUGGAGAAGGCUUCUACUUCACCUUCAUCACCCUCAGCACCAUUGGAUUUGGAGACUAUGUAGUAGGUAAUAGAAAGGGUGGUGGUGGUGACAUAUUCUGCCCCUGAGAUCGUCCUCCUCUCCCAAUUAACUUUGAUUAGGAGGAACUCUAAUGAAAUCCAGGAAUGUGAUCACAGUGCAAUCAGCGCAUGUAACAUCUAGAUUAUUCAUGACUUCUCUGCUGAGGCUGCAAAUAAGUGCCAAAAUUGAUUCAUUCAUGCAUUCAUUCAUUCACUAAACAGUGCUUAACCAGCUCUAUUAAGAACUAAGGAGUUAUACUUUCAAGGAGGAAAAGACAUUGGUUUAAAAUAUGCUCUUGCUUAAAUCACAUGCACUCCAACCAACUUAAGCAUCACACCAAUGACAAAGUGAACUAAUAGCAAUGGCCAUUUGCUUGUGAUCAGGGCCGGCCCUACAAUGAGGCAGAGUGAGGCAACUACCUCAGGUGGCAGAUGCUGAGGUAGGGGGAGUGACCAGGGAUGUGACUGCAUCCCCUACACUAGCUUGCUGCCCUCAAGUGCUCUGGGGAAGGGCCCCAUCUUGUUGUUCACUUCAGACAGCAAAAUGUCUUGAGCCAGCCCUGCUUGUUUACCGUGGCCAGGAGUGAGUCUCCUCAUUUAUAGUGAUAGGAACAGUUCCACACUAAGCAACACAGGACUGACAGAAGAGUCCUCCCUUUCCCCUUCUGUUAUUGUUAUUUCUCCCACUCAAAGCAUUGUUAAGGUCCUCCAAUCCUGAAAGGAGUAACUAGAAUUAGAGGUAUCUUGCUGGAUCAGACCAAUCAGGUCCAUGUGGUACAGCAUUCCAUCUUCAACAUCACCAGCUAGAUGCUUCUGGGAAACUUAUAAGCUGAGCAAGAUGGUGACAACCCUACAUUUACACAAGGCAUAUAUAGAUGGGGGGUUGGGGGGGAUUUUGUAUAUACACAUAGAGCCUGAAAUGUGCUCAGCCAGGCUUCACAAAUCAUGCAAAAAAAUUGCUGUUCCUUCCAUGUCCGAAAAAUAUUGUGUGUUUGGUGCCAAUCUACACAAAAACAUGUUGCGAAAAACCAUGUGCUGCAAAAUGGCACAGUCAAGAUGACUUAACACACUAUUCAUAACAUGGGAAAUGCCUAUGGUGCCGUUUUGUUUUGUUUUUGUUUUGUUUUACUUUUAAACCUGUGUUCAUAGACUGCUAUAGGAGCUGACAUUACGUGGUCUUCUUUUUGGAAACAGACAUAAAUGUUUGUUCCUUGUUCCUCAUUCUAUUUGCUUUGGAAGAAAAGGAUUCCUUGAGAUUGCCAUUGAUUUUUGCAGCAAGAAACUGCAGUGUGUUCUAUUUUAUUUAUAGACAACAACAAAAAACACUCCAUGCAUAGGGAAGCUUAUUUCACCCUAACUCUUUGGUUCCUCUUUUCCCCCCAAGUACCACUUCCUUCAUCUCUGGUUUGCAUUCAUGCAGAACCAGCAACAUGUGACACUUUCUUGCAGACUCAUGUGCUUUUCCUAAAUCAACUUACAGGACUAAGUUGAGGUCAUGUGUAUCCCAAAUUGUUUUCUCUUGGCCUGUCAGGGGAGAGGAUACAGCUCAGUGGUAGCACAUAUGCUUUGCUUGCAGAAGGUCCCAGUUUCAAUACUCCCCCAUGCCCCACCCCAGAAACUCCUGUUAGAAGAAUUAGGUAGCAGAUGAUAAGAAAAGCACCUUUCUGCCUUACACUCUGUAGAACUAUUGCCAAUUAGAGCAGAUAAUGUUGGACUAGAUCAGGGGUCAGCAAACUUUUUCAGCAGGGGGCCAGUCAACUGUCCCUGAGACCUUGUGGGGGGCCAGACUAUAUUUUUUUGCAGGUGGAAGAGAAAGAAUUCCUAUGCCCAACAAAUAACCCAGAGAUGCAUUUUAACUAAAAGGACACACACUACUCAUGUAAAAACACUCUGAUUCCCGAACUAUCCACGGGCCGGAUUUAGAAGGCGAUUGGGCCGGAUCCAGCCCCCGGGCCUUAGUUUGCCUACCCAUGGACUAGAUGAACACAGAUAUUCUGGCAUUUGUUGUUGUUGUUGUUUAGUCGUUUAGUCGUGUCCGACUCUUCGUGACCCCAUGGACCAGAGCAUGCCAGGCACUCCUGUCUUCCACUGCCUCCCGCAGUUUGGUCAAACUCAUGCUGGUAGCUUCAAGAACACUAUCCAACCAUCUCAUCCUCUGUCGUCCCCUUCUCCUUGUACCCUCCAUCUUUCCCAACAUCAGGGUCUUUUCCAGGGAGUCUUCUCUUCUCAUGAGGUGGCCAAAGUAUUGGAGCCUCAGCUUCAGGAUCUGUCCUUCCAGUGAGCACUCAGGGCUGAUUUCCUUAAGAAUGGAUAGGGUCCAUUAGACAGCUAAUUAGUGUAUGCACCAUGAUUUUAAAAAUCCUUCAUCACACUUUAACCCACAAAGCACUGGAAUUCUUGAUGAAUUCUAAUUUGGUUGUUUCAUGCUGUACUCUUCCUUUGAAGUUCCUUGGUUCCAGAAUGACAACCUUAAGGUCAUUUACAGGGUGUUCUGGAAAUGUUCAGAAUGUUCUCCGACCUGCCCCACUAUUGGUGUUAAUGCAAUGAUUUCAGCACUUAUCACUAAGGGUAAAAGUUUGCCUACUUAAUUUACAGUCAAGCUCUACUUAUCUCUGACUGUAACUUUUUGCAUCCAUUGCCACUGAACUCCGAUUGUAUAAUGUCCUCCUUUAUAUAGCUGCCAACUAUGAUUUUACUUUCAUGCAGCUGAUGAACUGGGCUUGAGCCGAUGAAAGCUUAUGCUGUUAUUAAAUGCGUUAGUCUUUAAAGUGCCACAGCAAGACUAAUUGUUUUAGCUGCAAGCGACUAACAUAGCUAGCCCUCUAUAAAUUUUUCCUAUGUUGCUGUCAUCAGAGUAGCAAAGUUCAGGGACAAUGACCUGGUGGCUAUGGUAAGGAUAGUUUCAUGUAGAUCUCGUUCAUGCUAACAGUAGAGCUGGUGGCAACAUUGGGGAUGGUAAGUAACAGUCUGGGAAAGUUGUAAACCUAGGGAAAGUAAGAAUGGGCAUAAUCCAACAGACCACACUGUAAGGGCAGAAAAACCAAACCUAUCCUAGGCAUGCAACUCAUAAUGCGUAUCCAGGAAAAUAUCACAUCACUUCUAAUCUGUGGGCAAAUGCACACAGGUGGAAUGCCAGUUAACAAUCUUGCAUGGUUUUCUACACAUGUGCAUAUGAGUUGUGUAUGUGUGCAUGGUGUUCAUUGUGUUGGCAUAUAUUCCUCCCAAUUGUAGAGAAACCAAAUCUUACUUGUGGGUUUUCUUGGUUUUAUCUUUCUUUCUAGGCACAGAUCCUAAUAAGCAUUAUAUAUCAGUGUACAGAAGCCUGGCAGCAAUCUGGAUUAUUUUUGGCUUAGUCUGGCUCGCUCUGAUCUUUAAUCUGGGAGCUGACCUGAUGGAGAAAUUCCUACAGCUUAAUUGGCAGAAGUCUGGCCCAGGCACUGCAGAGACAGCUGUCACCAAAUUAGAGGAUAACCCUGAUCAACCCAGGAUCCAUAUCCCUAGCUGA